AUGGCGCUCAAAACAACAAGAACAAUACACCACGGCCCGCUAAAUACCCUUCCGUUUCCCAAGCAGAUCCAAAAGGAGACGCGUAUAACCUUUGACAUACCAAUGAUAAUAACCUACAUCAAAACAUGGCCCCACGAAAACUCCACUUCGUUAUUCCUCAUCACCGACCUCACGACACCGCAUCGACGCACAUGCGUAGCCCAGAAUGUGCUACCGCCAAAAGUCCGCGCCGAGUAUUUCCCCAUGGACCAAAUCUGGGACAAGUCGCAGAUUUUCAGCUUGGAGAUGGAUUCGAGCCAAUUUGAGUCGUUUGUGAAUUGCGAGUUUGCGAAUGUCGGUGGUGAGCCUCGGGAUCCGAUCUUUGCGCGUGGUCGGUUUGAUUUGCGGGUCAAGAAUUCGACGUGUGUUGAUGGGUUGAGCACUCGGGUUGAGUUGCUCCAGGGGAAUGAUCCGCGCACGGUUAUGCGCGGGAUUGAAGUUGAGUUUGUUGAUUUGAUGGAUCGGUUCAAGAGGCGUCGAGGCGAGAGGGAGUUUGCUUCUGCUGUGCAUUAUUUCGGGCUUGCGCUGUUUCUAAGGGAGUUUGGCGCGAUGGAGGAUAUGAUUGAGCUGAUUUCGCAGUACCCGGGGUUCAAGGAGAGCCAAUGGUUGGGCGAGACGCAGAAAGCGGGGGAAGAAGAGGGGGAAGAGGAGGAGUAUACCAUUGAUGGCGGCGACGAAGACGCCCUUGCUCAAGGUCACGAUUUUUCAAAGGAAAACCAUGAGAUAACAUCAACGACGCAAGUAGCUUCGACUUUUGCUGAUGUUGACUCCACGUCGCAUGAGAAGCGGCCGAGUCAUCAAACGACUGUUCAGUCGCAGAUCCCCGCUGGGUUGGAUAAUGAUAGCGAUUUCCAAUUCCUGGAUGACGAUUUGGAUGUAGAGCACGUCUUGAAUGCAACCACCACCACAGCAUCAUCAUCAUCAUCGCCAUCGAAGCAAUGGUCAACUCUGAGUCCGAAUGUGCAGUCAUCGCAACCAACCCUGGAUCCCCCAUCAUUCAACAUACCCGAACUAAAACAAAUCAACUCCAAACCGGAUCAAGUUAAACUUGUCAACGUGCAAGUUGCCGGAAUACUCCCAUUCAAGAUCUUCACCUUGCGACCCCAUGGCCAAACGAUGCAAUUUGCACCAUUCAGAAUCAUUUUGAAAGACGAGGCGCAGCAAUCGACUCUUUUCGUGGAAGUCUCAACCGAUGACGAAGCAUGCUAUUUUUUCGGCCUUGAUAAAAUCAAAGAUGUCUUGAUUGGAGAUAGAUUAGAAGAGAUGUAUCAUGCGAUGAACCGCUUCGUGACUUCGUCCACUCCCAUCGACGUUGAGGUGAAGCAGGCUCUACGACACCUAAACGGGGGGCUCAAGAUGCGGUACUGGACCUUUGCUUCAACUUUCAAUCAGCUACUAUCACGACAAUAA